GCGGUGCAGAUAAGCGUUACAAAUUUGAAUGAAAUAAGAAUUGAUCACAAAUCAUGGUUCGCCAAAGCAGGCACACCCUAGGCAGGCAGAACACUAAGGCACCAAAGAAAAAGAAGAGUCCAAUAAAGAGGGAAGGUCAAGGCAAGCCAACACCGCCUGAACUCAAACACCCUGCAGGAUCACAUGGAAUGACCAAACAGUGCACAUGUCUGGCAAUCUAAAUUUCCAAAACAAGCACAUAGGCCUUGCAAUACUCCAGUAGAAAGCUGCUUGCAGGCGCAAUUCCUCAACAGCAUCUUUCACAAGCCGAAAGAUGAAUGUGUUCAGGAAAAAAUGUCAUGUCCUGCUUUCUAAUAAAUGUAUGUAGGAGCUCUCAUAUCUGCAUACUGCGUUUUUGACACACAACCGUGUUAUCUGAUGGGGAAAAUCGCCCCAGAACACCUCCUGGCAAUACAUCUACCAGUGAAAAACACUCUCAUGACCUCUUCCACUUCCUUCCACUAAUCGGGUCCUGAACUGCCUGCUGUCCCAUGCAAAAAAAGGGCUCUCACAAAAGCCUUCUUAGUCACAAGCAUUUCAGCCGCUGUGCAUGGCACAGCAGUGACGGCGUCUAGCUUCCUUUUUUGGCUCCUUUUUGGCUCAAUCCAACUGCUACAAACCCAGUGUGCUGCUGCAGCGUCAGACAGGAAGACAGCAGGAUGAUCAGUUCUCAGAAAUGGCAGACUUCUACUUCACGAACUUUUAUCACUUCCAGGCUUCAAGCUUAAGGCUGCUGAGACAGCCGAUUAUGCUCUGUGAGCCCUCCAUCCUACCUCAAUGCACGCACCACAAACAAAGCAAGCUCUGAGCAGCAAAGAUCAAGAAAACUUGGGUUUUGUCCGGACGCAAUGCGUUGACUUGCUGUGAGCACAACAUGAAGGUUC